AAGUGCAAGCGAACGUACGACGAUGCACGUGUCGGUGAUUCUCGGCGUAGUGUUGCUACAGGCGAUUUACGUGUCCGCCGCGCCACCCGACUGGAUACCCCCGGAAAUGUUGGAGAUGGUUCAAGGUGACAAGGAGCGAUGCAUGGCCGAACACGGAACGAGUCAAGCGCUUAUUGACGAAGUUAACGAUGGGAAACUCUCGAAUGACCGGUCUAUCACGUGCUACAUGAACUGCCUUCUCGACGCCUUCAGUUUGGUCGAUGAAGACGGUAAUUUGGAAGCUGAGAUGCUGAUAAGUGUUAUCCCGGAAGAAUUUCAAGAGAUAGGUAACAAGAUUUUGAACAAAUGCGCCGUACAAGACGGCGCGGAUAAAUGCGAAAAGAUCUACAAUGUGGCGAAAUGCGUCCAAGGAACAGUACCAGAGCUGUGGUUUAUGGUUUAAUUCGACACACAUGAGAGGAGAGUUUACUCCACAGUCACGUGCGACGAUAUUCUUCAAUAUAUCUCAAAACGAAGUGAACGAAGUAAAACAAUUCGCUCGCGGAGAAAAAUAUCAAGUUUCAAAGAAGUAGUCUAGGAAUAUGUAAAUUUAAAAAAAUAUUGUUUGUGUAAUAAUAGUAGUAAUCAUUAUGAACACGCCAUGCAGCCUAACAUGAAUAAAAUUGGUAGAAUAUGAUGUUAAAAUAUUGGAUAAGCUAUA